AUGUUCAAGAAGAAGGAUCCAACCGAAGAGGAGUUGGUGGACACAAUGCAAAAGGUUGGUAUCACAACCAAGACUGCCAAUAACCGUCAAGAGAAGUUCGGCGCUUUCAAGCAAUACGCCCAGGAAAGACAAGGUGUCAAACCUGGAAUGGCACCUCGUAACCCUUAUGCAAACAUGAAUGAAAACCAAGGUAAUCCAUACGCUAACUCCCAGUCUGGUGAGGCAAGUGCUCGCGAUUCAGCGUAUGCAUCUUCUUCUACCGGGGAGAGACGACUGAACCCCUAUGCGAGUCAAGAUGAUGGCCCAGCGCCAUCAAGACCCAGUCCGUACCAAACUCAACGAAAUGGUGGGAAUGGCUCUUACAGCGAAAAGUCCUAUUCAUCAUCCAGCAAGCCAAACCCUUACGGCUCGCGCACUACAAGGCCGAGAGGUGAUGAUGAGCUGACUCUUGACCUCAACGCUAUUCCCAGCUCAAGCGCUUUGCCCACGGCCAAGAAGCCUAUCAGAAAAACCACGGAUACAGAUACGCUAGAUCUUAAUGCUGAUCCGGACGAAGAAGACUUGAACCUCGAAGUGGACGACUUUUUAGCAGAGGAGGAACAAGUGAACUCCGAGGAAGAAGAGGUCGAAGCCAUCAAGCAAGACAUUCGUUUUGUGAAACAGGAAUCCGUGGCACUGACUCGUAACACAUUGAGAAUGGCCCAAGAGGCGGACGCUUCAGGAACAAAUACUCUCGGUAUGUUAGGAUCGCAAUCCGAACGUUUGUUCAAUGCCGAACAGAAUUUGUUACUUGCUGACACUCAAACCAAGAUCGCUGAUGAUAAAGUCGCAGAGUUGAAGCGUCUCAAUAGAUCGAUUUUCAUCCCUGCCUCUGGAAAUCCAUUUAACAAAAAGUCUCGCUUACGUGAACAAGAGUCGAAAUUGAAGGCACAGAAGGAACAAGAAAAAUACCUUCGAGAGACGAACCGACAAGGCGUUUAUGCUAGUGAGCAGCGUGUCAAACAGGGAAUUUCAAAUAACUCAACUCAGUCAGACACCUUUAACAAAUAUCAGGGUGAAAAGCAUCUACAACAAGCUCAAAGAUACCAAUUCGAGAAUGAUUCCGAGGAUGAUGAGAUGGAGAAGGAGUUGGCUGCAAAUUUGGAUCAAAUUGCAUCCUAUUCUAAGAAAUUAAGAAACACCGCAACUGUCAUGGGUCAGGAAGUCGGUGCUCAAAAUGAUAGGUUGAGGAAGAUCGAGGAAGAUGCGGAUCGCUUGGAUAUCAAUGUGCACCUCAACAGCACUCGCUUGAAUAAUAUUAGUCCGCCUGAUGAUCGAGGAUUCUAUGCCUGCUUGGAGUUUACCGGCAAUAUUGUCGGGUAUUCAACUAGUAUUUGGGUUGACUACGGCUUCCUGUUUCUCGAGAAUGACUUCUCGUGGCGCUCACCCUUGUUUGUUCAAUGUGUCAUGGGGUUCCUCCUCUGGUUAGGAACAUUCAUAAUCGUCGAAACACCUAGAUGGCUUUUGGAUCAUGACCAUGAUAUUGAAGGAAUGAUAGUUAUCAGCGAUCUCUAUGCUGAUGGAGAGGUUGAGGAUGAGUUGGCCAAGGUGGAGUUUAGACAGAUCAAAGAGAGCAUCUUGAUACAAAGAAUCGAAGGAGGCGAAAGAUCUUAUCGUUAUAUGCUCACCCGUUACAAAAAGAGGGUCUCAGUUGCAUGUUUCUCCCAAAUGUUUGCACAAUUAAAUGGUAUAAAUAUUGUGUCAUACUAUGCUCCUAUGAUUUUUGAAAGUGCCGGCUGGAUCGGCAGGCUGGCCAUUUUGAUGACAGGUAUCAAUUCCUUGAUCUAUUUGGCAAGCACCAUACCACCAUGGUAUUUGGUUGAUGGAUGGGGGCGGAAGCCAUUGCUUUUGACAGGCGCAGUCGUCAUGGCCGUUUCACUCUUUUCCAUUGCAUAUUCUUUAUUUUUGGACGAUACAUAUACCCCUCAGGUUGUCGUCAUAUUUGUCAUAAUUUUCAACGCUGCUUUUGGAGCAUCCUGGGGACCCAUCCCGUGGAUGAUGAAUGAGGUUUUGCCCAAUUCUGUGCGAAGCAAGGGAGCUGCGAUGUCAACAGCAACGAAUUGGCUCUUCAAUUUCCUUGUCGGAGAAAUGACUCCAAUUUUGUUAGACUUGAUCCAAUGGAGAACGUAUUUGAUUCCAGGCUUUUCUUGCGUUCUUUCCUUCAUGUGCGUGCACUAUCUUUUCCCAGAGACUAAGGGUUUAUCGUUAGAGGAAAUGGGAUCCAUUUUUGACGAUAGUUCAUCAGUGUUUUCCUUCCACUCUGGAUAUGGUUCAACUAAUGAUAGCGAGUCGAGGAGAAGCAUCGAGCCCUCUCAGUCUAGCGGCGAAACUCAGCCACUUCACCAAACUGCAGCACAGCUCGCCAGAAAUCCCUCCUCUAUGCGCAAUGAGCCCGACGGUCUCAUUACAGGAACGCCCCAAUUACCUCUAAUUCCAGCAAAUGAGGUUGCGAAGCCUGCCAUCUCGGGCUUAUCAUCAAAUGCUGGCAUUAACGAUGAUGCUACCGCGCCACCAUCUUUCGAAGACAUCAUCGAUUUCAAACGUCGUAAGGACGCGAAGUCGUGGUUUUCGUGGGCUCAGCAAAAAAGUGCAGAUUACGAACAACUAACUUAA